UUUCUGUCCACUGUUGCUAAGCAACAAAAGACUCGCUCCUUGUCAAACAUUACAUCCAAAUGUUGUAAUUCUAUCCGGCACUACAUAACUUUAAGCUUCAAAGUUCCGAAAUGGAGGCUGCUGAGACUCCAUCGAGUCAUGUCCUCAGUACCAGAGGGGAUGAAAAAACCAGAGAUGGAGAGGUUGUGUGCAAAAUUGUCUUUGAAGAGUAUCUCAGCGAAUGGGUUAAAAUCGCCACCACAAGAUCUGGACAUUUGAAGGGGAAAGAAUCGCUGGAUGAAGCAAUCAGGCGUCCAGAGAGGUUUGCAGCCCGUUAUGGUGUCUCAGGCAGUGAAAACGAUGAGCUUGUUGAAGAACCACGCAAAAUAUAUAAAGGCACCAUGAAUGGCCCGAGACGUUCAAAGAAACACAAGAGCAGACAGACUCGAGUCGAACAAAUGAGACGGAUCUACCUGCUCUGUAGAACUCCAGACACAGCAGCUCCUCCGGUUCCAGCACUGAAAGAUUCCGUCCAUGACGCAGAGAGACGGGAAUGCUGGGAAAGUGAAGUAGACAAGCUGGUAGCGUGGACACACUCUCUGUCCUUUGAGGAACCUGAUAGACCAUAACUCGGACUCCAAGACAAAGAACCGGGAAGAUACAAAACAGUCUACAGUUCUGUAUUGAUCUGUAGUUUAUACAAGUCUAAAACUUUUUUUGUGUGUUUAUAGCCUGAAAAUUAUGGUAGGCCUUAUAGUAUGGAGAAUACAGUAAUUAUAAUUUUAUACAUGAUCUUACACAUGACUUCUGUAUGCGCUGAUUUACUUCUAGGCAUGUAUGGAAAAAAAAAACAGGAAGCUUUUCACCAAUAAAAUAAAGAGAAUUUUAAUAAGGUUUGAAUGAAUUUGACAAAGACGUCAACAACAAAGCAGCAAAUUGAAACGUCACUUUUGAUUACUGAUCACAGCCAGAUCCCUCGCAUUUACCUGCUAUGUGACGAUUCUGUGCAAACUGCAGAGGACUACAUGACGCAUAUUUGUAAUAGAUUUAUGUAAAAUGUAAAAAAAUAUAUUUCAAAAGGCAAAAUGACAAAGGUAUGGUGGUAAUGGAAGAAAAUAUUACACAGAUUUGUUUAUCUCCCAAGUGCAAAUUUUUAUCCUGCAAGUUGUUGAUCUCUCCAGAAUGUGAGUUAGUACAACGUUUUGCUUUCACUUAUUAGACUAUCCUUAACCCAUAACCGCCGUUAAUCCUUAACCCAUGUUGCGUAAGCUUGUAUUGUCGUGGUUCGAUUAUUGGAAACGAAAGCACUCGGUCACAAAUGUUCAAUAUUAACGAGUAGAAAAAAAACCCCCUCGUAAUUACAAGAUAAAAAAAUUCACAAAGGCGCGAUAUUACCUCGCAACUGCAAGAUCAUUAUUUCUCAUACGUGGUGGAAUCAAGGUUCCAUACUGUAACAGGGAGCGUUAUGAAUGUUAAGUGUAAUGCUGGAACGUGCCAAUAAUCGAUUACACACCAACGUGCACAGGACGAAUGUUUUUAUCAUGAACUGGGAGAAAGCAGAUAUCACGUCAAUAUAAUUACGUGACAGCAGCUGUCUCAUAACGUCAUGCCGCUAUUUUGCCUAUUAAAGCAGCGUCACGGAUUUGUUUCACCCGAUUUAUUAAACGUUAACAUCAAGUACAAACACUACAGAAAGAAAAAAAAAAACAAAACACCUCGUCAUCUGUUUUUGUAACUUGGGGUAGUUUUCGCCUAAAGGUUUACAACAGUGGGUGGAGUCAAUGCGAAUAGAUUAAUUUAUCACCUGACACAUGGAAGUCAAUUCAGGAACAGAGAUUGUGUGUGUAAAAUACCACUAUGAGCAUGUUAAAACGUGAGCUUUUUUUUUUCCUCGGCAUGCUCAAAAAUAAUGAAUUCCCCAAAAAGUUCUUCACGCUCACACCUCCGAUGCCUUUUACUCUUUUACACUAGUAUUUCAUUUUGAAGAGUUUUUUCCGAUUCGCUGCCUUGAACUGGCGUUCCACAACUCGCAGCUAUCGAGAACAAUUAGCACACACAAAAAUCCCAUUCCAAUACCGCUUCCUUCCCAGACUUAGUACAUGGCAUCAUUAAUGCGAAUAAUAGUUUAUAAAUCACAUGCGACAUGUCCCACUGUCUGCAAACGCUAAUUACAAACGAAAGUAAUCAGAUACCUAUUCCACAACCCUUGCUGUAUUUAGAAAAGUCUUUACUUUUUUGUUUGUUUUACUUAAAGGUAAGAAAGUAGCUGUGUAGAAUGUGAUUUGUAAAGCUAGUGAAAAUGGGAUAAAUUGACUUUAAAUCAAUUACCAAACUAGCAGAAACAUUCCUUAUUUCGUGCACAGAACAGUUUUCCUCCAAUGUCUUUGUACAGCGUAACAAUUUACACGCCCUUUUUUUUUUUUUUUUUUUUUACAUCAGCCAAUCAGAGCAUUUCAUUGUUUAAAGUAAACCAAAUAAAUCUUAGUCUGAUUCUGUCAUGAUUUACUGUAGAAAAACUGCCUUAAACGGUACAAUCGAAGUUUUUAACUGAAGCAGUUUCGUAAAUCAAAAUCAUUUCAGCGUCAGUCCUUUCCGAAGCCACGCCCCUCUAACAAGUACAUGAACUGUACAAAUGCUAACGCAAGAGGAGGGGCUUUCUUUAUCCUGAUUAAAGAGGUUAAACGUCGGUGGUGCACAUCAUGUGUUGUUUCUUUUGUUUACAUUCUAAAGUGUUAUGGAGGCCAAAGUUUCUCCUCUGAGGAGAUGUCCUGACUCAAACGUCACCCGAUUACAACUUUAAUGUCUGAAAAGAUGUCCCUAAUGAGUGUUUUUUGCAGAAUAAGAAAACUAAGGCUAAAUUAUUGAGGGAUUUUUAUCUGAACAUACAGUACAACAUCUAGUGUAAAAGUACCUCACUACCAGGAUAAUUAUUCUUUUAAUUAUCCUUAAUCCGGCCAGAUUCGGACUGUUUAAGUGCUCAAAAGAUGUCAGAUGUAAUAAUACAACCUGCUCAAUUGUCAGCGAAUAAUUCUGAAUGAGUUCAGGCCAUAAAAAGAAAAA